AUGACACUGACAAGUACAACGAAAAGUCUUGACAUGCGUAACAUCUCAACAAAAGUCCGUCUCACGACAGAAGUCCCGCAAAUGCAGCGAUUGAUUAAUUGUAAUAAAAUGUCGUCACGCAAAACAGCUGGCCGUCGUGGAACGAACAAAAAACGCGCACAGCGUGCUACUUCCAAUGUAUUUGCUAUGUUUGAUCAGGCACAGAUUGCAGAGUUUAAGGAAGCUUUCAAUAUGAUUGAUCAGAACAGAGAUGGUUUUGUUGACAAGGAUGAUCUGCAUGAUAUGUUAGCUUCCCUGGGAAAAAAUCCCACUGAAGAAUACUUGGAAGGUAUGAUGAAUGAAGCACCAGGUCCCAUUAAUUUUACUAUGUUUUUGACUCUCUUUGGUGAGCGUCUUCAAGGAACUGACCCAGAGGAUGUUAUCAAAAAUGCUUUUGGAUGCUUUGAUGAGGAGAACACGGGUGUGAUAGCAGAAGAGCGUCUCCGGGAGCUCCUGACCACGAUGGGAGAUCGUUUCACCGACGACGACGUAGAUGAGAUGCUGCGUGAAGCCCCCAUCCGCGAUGGGAUCUUCGACUAUGUAGAGUUCACACGUAUAUUGAAACAUGGCGCCAAAGAUAAGGAUGAACAG